CCAGUUCACCUCAGUUCUAGACAUGGCAGCGUUGAGACAGGAGCAUCGGUAUGGACUCUCCUGUGGAAAGAUUAAUAAAAGCGUUCCAAACAAAACCAUCUUUCACGUCAAGCUAACCGACACUGCCAUCCGGACACUAGAAGCCUAUCAGAAUCUCAAGGGGUCCUUACCAAAUCAGCCGGCAAUUUGCUUCAAGGGGAACCAGGGGUACGUCAAGAUUCCUGUUCCUUCAACGGAUUCUCCAGACUCAUUUCGUGUCUUCUCAUUCUACCUGUCCAGUGACAGUAAAGACAAACCUCAGGCCAGCUUUGAUUGUAUUCACCAGUUUCUCUCUGGAGAUGGCAGGGAACAUCUGGAAAGUCAGGGCAGUAUUCAGGACAAAAUCACGGUGUGUGCCACCGACGAUUCCUACCAGAUGACCCGCGAGCGCAUGUCUCAAGUGGAAAAGGACAUCUGGAGUCGCUCUGCCAUCGAGAUCAAACCCGGGUCUACGCAUCCAAGUAAAUGUGUGAAGAUUAAGAAGAAACAAGGCCUGCCAACAAGUUUUGACAACACUAAUAGACAUUCACCCAGCAACAAGAGAAACGGUGCACCUAGCUUGGUGGUCAACAGGCCCUUGAAAGAACGUGUCAUUCAUGUUUUGGCCCUAAAGCCUUACAGCAAACCAGAACUACUGCUCUGGCUGGAGAGAGAGAAAGCCAGUCCCAAGGACAAGGUUGACUUGAGUACUGUGCUGGAGGAGGUGGCUAAAAUCAAUCCCAAAGAUCACAGCUUUACUCUGAAGGAUGAUUUCUACAGACAUGUACGGAGAGACUGGCCAGGCUAUGUGGAGGAAGAGCGACAGCUCAUUCAAAGAGUUUUGGCUAGAAAACUCCAGCCUCUCAGCAGCAGCGGUAGCCAGUUGAAAACUUUCCAGUCCAACCAUUCAUUCCACAAAACCUCAGGGGAUUCUCCAUCCCAGCUCAGCCCUGUCAAGAAUCUCUCCAUGAAACGCCCAGUGCCUUCCGACCAUCCAGAAAGCCAGACGCCGAAAAAGCAACGAUUAUUAGACCAGAGCAUGCCCUUGCAGUCUCAUUCCAAUGGACACCUUAGCUCCUCGAUGGGCCGUAAUUCCUCCGCACAUGGAAACGCUAGUUUGCAAAACAAAAUGGAGUUCGGGAAAGGUACCAACAAUGCCCAGCAGAACCUGGAUGGCCUUUACCAGCGGCACAAACUCAGCGACUCCAACAAUGUCCCCAAACAAGAGGGGUCGGAACCAGCACAGCAGUCGCCCUCCAGCCCCAAACACCCAAAAAUCAGAACUGAAACUGAAAUCUGCACUGACCAGCAGCUAGCAAACGGCCAGCACAAAAAGAAAAAGUCCAAGAAGCAUAAAGAAAAGGAGAGAGAGCGCUUAAAACCCGAUUGGGCUGAGACCAGCCCAGAUCUCAAGCAGAACCAGGAAAAUAUUAAUGAUCAUGAGAGCGCCAACACACCUGUCACCCGUGCCUCACCCGAGGAGCUGCCUGACUAUUUAUUAAUAUACAACACUAUUAUGGACUCUGAGCAAAGACAGCGGUACUCUGAGGAUUUCUUUGCAGAAUAUGCAGAGUACAUCGAACUUCAUGAGCGCAUAGGCAAAGUUACUGAUAUUUUUGUUCAGCUGGGAUCUAAGAUAAAAACGCUUUCACCUGGGACAAAGGAGUAUAAGGUAAUGGAAGAUCAAAUAAUGGAGAAGUAUAGGAAGUAUAAGAAGAGGUUCCCAGGUUACCGGGAAGAGAAGAAGCGGUGCGAGUAUCUACAUCAAAAACUGUCCCACAUCAAAGGUCUGAUUCUGGACUACGACCAUACGCAAGCUCCUUCAUAGUGCCAGGCAUUCCUCUGUCCUUCUGCCCUGUCUGGUCAUACGGACCAAAAGAGCCCUCAGUGGAAAUAAACUAGGCCCAGGUGUGGUUCCCUGAGCAUGAAACGGCGAUUUUCACUUCUCUGCACAAACUGUGAGUGAUGGUGCGGAGACUGAGGACCCAAACCUAAACUAUCUAACAAAGGCCAAGACCUCCAACUAGUGACUUAAGCCCUUUAAAGUUAUUUUUGCUUUGUUCUUUGUCUUUUUAUUUUGUGUGUGUACAAAAGUGUUGCAUUGACAAGGAAUCUGGUUCGACAUGAGGCGCAACUUAAGCCAAAAUAGUUUUGUUUUCCCCGUCAUCUUACUCUGUUGCCCUUGAUCAUCUAACUUUGGCCCUGAACUCUGACCUUCAGGGUUUCUCAUAUGGUACAAUCAUCAAGGCCGGACGCUGAGAAAUGAUUAUCUUGACUGUGUUUACUGUCUGUCAGCAAGUUAUUUGAGAACUUAAGCACAGUUUCUAUUUUGAUAUUUUACUGAAUGUAUAUUUGUAAACUUGUAAGAUCUUGACUUCUAUAAUAGAGGGUUUAAUCACUGGAUAGAAUAAGGGAAGCCUGGAAUUGUCUAGACUCUGGGAUAAUCCCACCAAACUCUGAAGAGUACAAGGGUGCAAUUUGUCUUUUGAACGACGUCCAUGUGAAUAAUGGAUUAAAUGUCCAACCUAAACGGCACCGGUCAGUCUGUCAGCCUUUCUCUAUUGUGUAGCUCCCUGAUGGGAGCUGGAAUCCAAAUUUAAUCUAGAAAUUCUCAAGCCACUUUUGUAAUGAGAGAAAAGGUGAAAGCUUGAAGCAUCAAAAUGAAUAAAAGCCCUAAUGUAUUGCAGCAAACAUAAAGCAAUGAUAUUUUAAUCCAGAGUCCAGUGCUCAAACCACUACAGCACACUGUGUCCUUAAAGUAAUGAUGGUGAUAUAAUUUAUUAUUGUUAUUAUUAUUAUUAUUAUUAUUAUUAAUGUUGUUGUUGUUAUUUGGACACUAAACAGCAGAAACAAUCAUGUUUUAAAGCACAUUUAGUUUCAUUAUUCUUUUUUUAAAUAAAAAUCUGUAUUAAUUGAUGAAAGAACAUAUUCAUUGUUUUACCUGUCACAGGAAAUUGUACAUGUAUGUUUUCAUGGCGCUAAGUUACAUUUCUAAUGAUCUCUGCAUUUUUUCCCCUUUAAAGCAUGAAGGCAACUUCAUAAAGUGUAGCAGGCUUUCUUCAAACCUUAAUAUUUGUUUGGGUCAUGUUUUAUGUGAAUGAAAGUAAACAGUAUGUCUGAUUUCCCAGAAUGUAGUGCUUGUUGAACACAAACAUGGAGGACGUUGGUGGUCUUACGUUGAACUGUACCUAAUGACCCAACACGAAAACGAAACCUUUUAAAAGUCCAAGUCUUUCCAAAGUCCCCCCGUGUCCAUCAGCUAACUAUGCCCUUUGCCUCAUGUACAUUAUGGAAGUAUUUUUGUGUCACUUUUGCGCUUUGACAUUUCUCUUGUGGAGACUGCUGAUCUGUUAUUUAUGUCACUACAGUGUUAGUUCCUCUAAUCCUUGAUCCUGAUUUGUUAUAUGGCUGGAAAACUGAUAGAUUUGCCAAAAUAGCAUUGCUCUUUAUAUUGUUAACAGUUUGUUUUAUUCUUUCAUGGGGCAACUUCAUGUAUUGAUGUAGAUGCCUUAAAUAAACUGGACCGAGUUAACUUAAUAUAA